UUGCAAUAUCAAUCUCAAUAUCCUUGCAGAGUAGUACAGACGCUGUAUUCAACUUGAAAAGCUAGCUAGCUAAACAUUUGUUGCAAGAUUAUACUCUACAGUUGUCUUCUUACUGCUUCCACGUGGACAUACCUAUCUACAUUUCUGAGGAGACUCAAGACAUUUCGUAAAAUGUGACGUGACUUACUAUGGCCUCUGGAAGUCAUGAUGGGCAAGGCAGGGAAUUCCACCACGGCAAACCUCAUGGAUUUCUCCAUCACAUCAGCAUCCACUCUGCAGCUGACAAGAACAUGAAGGAGGUGGAUUUUUUAAAUAAGGAAGAAAUAGAUAAAGAGAGAUUUCCAGUGAGUCGUUGUGCACACAUCAAAGCCAAACGAGUGUCUGUGUGCAACAAGAGGAAGUUGUCGUCGCGUCACAGCGUGGUGGUGAGCUCAGGAGUGCGCCGCAGAGCGCCCCCCGCAGGCCGGGCUGUCUGUGACAUGGCCAACAAGGAGAAUGAACUGACCUGUCCAGAGGAAGUGCAGGCCAUACACUACAAUGACAACUGCGUGUUCCCCGUGAACUCUGCUUCAGAGGCUGGCUCCAAGAUGGCAGGGUCGGGAAACAAGUACAGUGAUUAUUUCACUGAGCUAUCGAAGGACCAUGAUGCAAUGACACAUGUGCUUUUUGGAAGAAAUCUCAGGCUAAAUGUAGCUCUGACACUAUGGCGAAGAAACGCCAGCGAACUAGUGGCAUACUUGAUCAGAAUUGAAGACACAGGCGUGCUUCUUGACUGCCUACCAGUUAUAACGAAAAGCCUUCAAGACGAAGCUCCGUGCAUAUCACUGGGCUGUUGUGUAGACCUCCUGCCUCAAGUCAAAUCAAUCCUCGCCAGUGAAUAUGAAGAACACUUGAUUGUGGGUUUACACUGGGUUCAGUCUGUCAUUAAGAAAUGGUGGCCAGAAAACGGCAAGAGCCUGCAGGACAGCUGCUCAGAAGACGGGAACCUCCAAGUCAUGAAGCAGCAGCUGAAGGAGUUCUGGGAGGAGGGACCCCAGUUAAGUUUAGUUCCAGGAACUACAGGAGAGAUGGCAAAGGCCAUUGAGUCUUACUUAUCACAACUGCAUUGACCAAUCAAUCAAUGUAGCACUGAGGAAGCGACCACUACUGCCGGAUAGAGCUGUUUCAACAUUACCUGGAGACUAAAGACAAGACCAUGUUCCACACACAGACAGGAACCCUGUUCUAUUCUAUGUGGAUUGAUGAAAUCAGUGAUUCAGACUGAGCAACUCCCCACGCUCAAUCACAACUAGAGAGACACUUACAAUGGAGGAAGGAACUUUUCUUCCCGAAAAAACUGGAAUUCCUGCUUCACAUUGAAGUGGAUCGAUGUCUUGCGAAGGGGCAAUACUUCAAUCGACCUCCAUGAGACUGAGACUGGGUCGAAAACGUACCCUAUUUCCUCUAUAGUGCACUACUUUUGACCGGAAUAGGACACACUAAGACUGGCUCUGGGCUGCUCUGUGAAGUGCCAAGCUCUUUCGCACCACCACAGCACUCUUCACCAUGGUGUGCAAACCUACACGGAUUAUGGAUGUAACGUAAUGAACGCCCCUUCCUGGUUUCAGUUCUUAUUUCUUCCCUCAUGUCCUGAAUUAAGAACUUGAAACUAACUGCUGCAGUCUUAAGUUAUGAGAGCUUUUCUUGUUUUCGUUUUUUUUUCCUGUUCAUGAGUGACGUUUGACUGUAAAAGUGUAAAUACAGUGAUUCUUUUAAUCUUUAAAAUAAAUUAGCAAAAAUC